UGGAUUUUUGAUUUGGCCUCAGCUUUCUGAAGAAGCAGCCUCGCCCCGGCCUUUUGUUUUAUUCAUUAGUUCACUCAGGACUUUUCCACAGGAUGCUAAUAGCCUCGGUCAGGCUUCUUAUCUCCUGUUCGGGGCUGAUUCAUAAUGCCGUCAAUUAUUAUACCAGAGUGGCAGUGAUGGUUCUCGGUAUCUCCGCUCAGUGGGAAGCAGAGAGAGACACUUGAGUAUCCAGUGUUUUCGGUGGUAAUUCUGCCUGUUUGACAGAGAAACUGGAAACUUCCUCUGUGGCUUCAUACUAAGCCUGAGACUUGAAAAGUGCCAGCGAGACAGAGGUGGUAAAAAACGGCCGAGUAUUGAAGAGCAGAGGCGAGUGGCAAUAUCCCCUCCACCAGGGGAAAUAAGGCCUUCAGCCCCAGUGGGUCCCAGUAGAAGAGGAAGGAUGUGGGGCAAAUACACACAGCACAGUUGAAUGGUCAGGGCUUUUAUUUAUUUAUGGGAGGAAGAGGAACAACAAUGCUGUUCCCGAUGAGGAAAUACAGCUCCCUUGUGUUUGGACUCCGCGUCGUGGACCUGGCAGCUGCUGACAUCAUGUGAACAGAGCCAGACCUCAGCGGACGGGGGGGCCGAGCGGCAGCGAGCAGGAGCCACACCAGUGUGAUGCUGCUCUCCCUGUGCAGCACUGGGAUCUGGAGGGGGAACGGAUUGGGAUGAAUCGCUCUGAAGUAGUUUGGUUCUGCUUGUAGGCGUCCGGCAGCGACUCUGAUACUUCGGUGUAAUGCGAGCGCUGGUCAUGGACAGAUGAUGGACGUGGAGACGUCGUACUCGGACUUCAUCAACUGUGAUCGCACAGGCCGCAGGAACGCAGUGCCCGACAUCGAAGGGCAGGAGAAAUCCACGGCCAGCACCAGUGACCUGAGCAAAGACCUGGCGGGGAUGGACCUGAAGGCUGCAGAAGGAGACCCAGGGGCCUCCCCAGCCCCUGAGGCCGAGGGCUCCACCAGCCAAGACGCCCAGGGAAGUGGAGGCCCGUCCUAAACCCAGCCGGGCGGAGACAGAUGGGGGCCGAGCCGAGGAGAGAAGGGUGGAGAGGGGAGAAAGUGGAGAACGGAGAGAGAGAGUGUUUUUUCCAACCGGACACGAGACACCUCGGCUCGCUGCCGGCCUGGUCCCAGCGUCCACCGCUCUGGAUGUUCAGCUUUUCAUUGGACCCUGUUGAAACAUGAGGACCAGAACAGAAGAGACAGUGGAGACGCUUCUUCUUCUUCUUCUUCUUCUUCAGACUCUGCUACUCGUUUGUUUUUCCCGACCGGACAAGAAAGCACAGAAACUCUGGAUUCACGUCUGUGGAGAUGAACUCAAACACGGCUCCAAACUGAUAUGGAGCCGUGUCCUCGAGUGAAUAUUCAUAAUCAUCUACGUGUCAUUUUCCUUUCAUGUCCGUGUGUGAGUUUGUGACCUUGUUGUUCGGUUUCAUCAUCGAGUCGUUUCUCUUUUCUUUUUGUAACAAACAUAGUCGCGGUUAAAGCUGUCGUGUGCGGACGUCAUAUUUAUUGCUAAAUGUUCAGUGAUAACUUUGUGAUAGCAAUUUUCUUUGUGUAAUAAAAUAACUAUGAACUGCU